CGCAGCCUCAGCAUCUGAUAAAUAAUAGCAUCGUUGAGUUUGGUGUAUAGAGAGCGAAUAGACCAUUUGAAAAGAGCAAGACAAUCAUUAUUUAUUAACCUGUGAGCUCAUUUUCUGGAAUAUUUGGUUGAAGUAUCGUUACUCAUUCUCUAUGGAUAUAAAAUAGGGACAAAUCAGCUUUAUAUUCGUUCAUUUACCCUUUUUAUCUGGGCGGCCAGUAAAAGCAUCCUGCGUUAAUUCUCAAAAUGGCUGAGAUUACAGAUUUACGACCUGCAUAUGACAUGUCACCGGUGCUGGCCGGUUUUAUCGGUGCAGCGGCUCUGGUGGUUGCCGUGGUGAUCCUGGUUCUCCUGUGGUCCUUCUGCCAGCGUCGACACCUCCGGGUGACGGGCCGAUACAAGCUCCAUGGUGAUCAGUACUGUGACUCUGCUGAAGACCCGCCCUACAAGUUCAUCCACAUGCUGAAGGGCAUCAGUAUCUACCCAGAGUCCCUCAGCAGCAGCAAGAGGAUAGUACGGGUGGCCAGGCGUGCUGGGUGGCAGGGGGAGAGAGACAGAGAGAGGGGUGGCGGCCGCGGGAUGGUCCUGGUGGAUGCUGAGAACAACAUCCUGGAUGCUCCUACCCAUCUCCAGAUGAGCCACCUGGUUCCCCCUGCUGGCCAGCCCAGGAUGGAGCGGGCACUGCCCGUCAGGGCCGACUACUGCUGCCUGGAUAGCUCAGCUACCAGUAGCGAGAACAGCAGCAAGACUGUUUCACCUUUCACCCCCGCGUCCUCCGACCCAGAAUCAGAGCCUGAAACCAGCCUGGGCUCCCUCAGCCUGGCUUUAGACUACAACUUCCCUAAGAAGGCCUUGGUGGUGACCAUCGUUGGAGCCCAUGGCCUGCCUGCAGUAGACGAACAAGGGAACAGCUCUGACCCUUACGUGAAGAUGACCAUACUCCCUGAGAAGAAGCACCGGGUGAAGACCAGGGUCCUGAGGAAGACGCUGGAGCCGGUGUUUGACGAGACGUUCACGUUCUACGGGGUGGCCUACAGCUCGCUGCCCGAGCUCACGCUGCACUUCCUGGUGCUCAGCUUUGACCGCUUUGCCCGCGAUGAUGUCAUAGGGGAGGUGGUGGUCCCACUGACAGAGUUGGAACCCAGCACGGGGCGGGUGCACAUCACCCAGCAAAUCAGCAAGAGGAACAUGCAGUGCGAGAGCCGUGGGGAACUGUUGGUGUCUCUGUCCUACCAGCCUGUCUCCCACCGCCUCAGUGUGGUGGUGCUGAAGGCCAAACACCUGCCCAAGAUGGACAUCUCUGGCCUGUCUGGAAACCCAUAUGUGAAAGUCAAUGUGUUCUACGGACGCAAGCGCAUCGCCAAGAAAAAGACGCACGUGAAGAGGUGCACGUUAAACCCCGUCUUCAACGAGUCCUUCAUCUACGACGUGCCCCCCGAGCUGCUCCCUGAGAUCUCUGUGGAGUUUGUGGUGGUCGACUUUGACCGUACCACUAAGAACGAGGUGGUGGGGUGUCUGCCCCUCGGCCUGCACAGCCCCUGUCCCUCUGGCGCCACCCACUGGCGGGAGGUCUGUGAAAACCCCCGUCGGCAGAUCUCAAAGUGGCACAACCUCAGUGAAUAUUAGCUCCUCCCACCGCCUAAUGCAUUAUAGUUCUACUUGUGUGUAUAGGGGGAGGUGGAGGAGGGGAAGAGAGAGACUUCUUGCUGAGAGAGUGGCUUUUCCUCAUGCCAUACUUUCUCUUGUGAAUAAUACCAACAGAAAAUGAACAACAUUCCUGGUGGGACUUGUACAGUGGACUUUACAGUGGUUAAGGUUCAACUACAGAAUCGAAUUAAAGUAACAAACAUGCAUACAGAUAAACAUACACAUAUAUAACCCACACCACUACAGAAUUAUAGAGACACUCAGUCUCAGCAUUAGGUUAAGAGUAAUGAAAAUGAAAAAGUUGUUUGUUAACCAGAAUGUGACCAUGAUCACACAUUCAAGGCUGUUAUGAAUUAUUGUCUGGCCAUGUUGUAUGAAGUUUAGGCGACGGGAGGAUACAUGCAAAUGCUAUAAAAAAAAACGAAUUGUCAGACUUCAAAAUCCUCCCCUUGCCAAUAUUGUACUUCAAUUCAUCGCAUGUCUGAAUUAAACAGAAAUAUCAUCAAAUCAAAUGUACUAAGGAAACAGAAGUAUUGCUUGUAUUGAUAGUGAGAUUUUAAUUAUCUCUUAAACUGAGAAAACCUCAUGCAACCCUACUCUGUUGCAGUUUCUCUACAGGUAGGACCAAAUAGGACAGCUAGAAUUUUCUUCCCAAUAAAUAUUUGUUGAAAAAAUUCUUGAAUGUUUUGGAGCCUAACUAUUGUCGUUUAAUGGCAUUACCAUAUUUGAUGACGAGCUCUGUAUCUAAAAUUAAAACCAGCAAGGUUUCAAACCAAUUAAUGCUAUGUUGUAAAGACAAAUGUAAUUUCACUGCAAAAAUAUUUAUUUUGAGUCCAUUUUUAGAACUAAUUCGGACUGAAAAUAUGAAUGUAAUAAUACAACCACAACAUUAUUACAUGGAUACAUGUCAUCACAAGAAAUAUGACAACUUCUCAUACUGUGGCAUUGAAAAAGCAUUCACCACAGUAUAAGCGAAUACCUGAAAUAUCACUGCAGCAGGUUAGUCUUAGUACUGUAAUAACCAGGUAAUAACACAUGCUAGUUAGCAGCUUGUAGUGCCAGAAGAUGUUCUUUGAAAGUCACUGAUAUUAUUGUGAAAAAUGGUUUUGACAUGAAGAGUUGUAAAGGGUCAUGUUUUGCUGUAUGGUUUCCAAAAGGCUUACACAGUAUGUUCCACUAUUUUGGCUAAUGCCGACAUGCUCAUCUUUUACGGCUCGAUUCAAUCCGAAUCACCAGUUCUGCACUCUAGAACGCUUGAAAUGGAAACGUAAUUGUCUAUUGAGCUGACAUAUGCAGCGUUUACCGUGAAUUCAGUCUUCUCGAACUUGGAACAUUGCCUUCACAUUUUAAUAGCGAUGAUCUUGAGCGAUACGGAUUGAAUCGAGCCCUUCAUGUAUUUUUGUUCUCUUUCAUUUGGCUAAUUUCAAGAAUAUAUUGUAUAAAAGAACGGUACUUUAUAUCUUGAAGGCAACAAUGUUGUAUAGUGAAUAGCCUCACAGGUUGAAGCUCCUGUAUGUUGUUGGUGAUACUCUGUGUGUGUGUGUGUGUGUGUGUGUGUGUGUGUGUGUGUGUGUGUGUGUGUGUGUGUGUGUGUGGAGACUGCAGAGCCCAGGUGCACUGUUUGGAACAAUGUAAGUGGUGAUUGGGUUCAGAGCAGGACAUGGCAGUGGGGUGGCUACUGCUAGCUUCUGGCUACCCCUCGUCCUUCUGGCUUUGACCAGAAGGAAGAGACACAGGUGGGCAAAACCCCACUCCUCCACUGUCACUAACUAAGCUCCAUCCUCUCUUCCUCCUCUUUUUCUCUCGCUCUCUCACUCUCUUUCACCCUCCUUUGCUUCUUUCUUUCUAGCUCUCUCUUUACAGUCCCUUAUUUCCUCAAUCUCCUUCGUUCUCCCCUGUCUCCUCUUUCUAACUCUUUCUUUACAGUCCCUUAUUUCCUCAAUCUCCUUCGUUCUCCCCUGUCUCCUCUUUCUAACUCUUUCUUUACAGUCCCUUAUUUCCUCAAUCUCCUUCGUUCUCCCCUGUCUCCUCUUUCUAACUCUUUCUUUACAGUCCCUUAUUUCCUCAAUCUCCUUCGUUCUCCCGUCUCCUCUUUCUAACUCUUUCUUUGCACCUUCUUUCUUUGUCAUUUUAUUUGGAUCACUAAUAUCUCCAAUUCCUUUUAAUGCUUCAUUCCUCAUAAUGAGAGAUGUCACAGUAUUUGACCGAUUAGUGAACCCAUCAUAACACCUAUCACACCCUGUGAGGAUUUGGCUAUAUGACUGUUAUGCUCUGUCAUCAUUGUACCCUGUAGGCAAGGGGUGUCAAACUCAUUCCAUGGAGGGCCUAGAGUGUCUGCAGGUUUUUGUUUUUCCCUAGACAACACGUUGUGGGGAGUUCCUUACUAAUUAGUGACCAUAAUUCAUAGUCAUAAUUCAAUGAAGUACAAGGGAGGAGCGAAAACCCACAGACACUCAGCCCUCCGUGGAAUGAGUUUGACACCUGUGCUGUAGGCCUACUCAGUGGAGACAUGGGGAGCUGUAAGCAGCAAUGGCUUUACAUCACACUGUGUAACAUUUACUGCAGUGCAGUCUGUAAAAUUGACUGUGGGAAACUGGGAGGACAGUAAUCACAGUGAAGCCAAGGUGAAAAUACUUAAGUAAGACUGCAGCUCUGUGUCGACAAGGCAAGGGGAAGGCAGAAAUGUGUGUUGCAAUACACAUGAGCUGCCUUGUUUUUCUUUUGGCAGCAAACUCCUGCAAUUAGAACCCCCACCAUUUUGACUGUCUAUAUCCCCAUUUAUACCUGGUGCUAACGUGGGUCCUUUGUCCUGAUCUAGUCUACAUUCUGAUUGUGCCCACAUUUCCAGAUGUGUGUCUACACAUGGUAUUACAAUUAGUCUUUUAUCUGUCCACUGUGUCUGCAUUGUGACCAGAGUUCCUGGUCCCUUCCUUUAUGCAAAUCAUUUCACAGCUAUAAUAUUUAUAUAUAUAUUUACUGUAAGACACAUAUUGAUGUAAUCAGCCACCUGUCACUGAUUUUAGAGGCCGGAAUAAUGAUGAUUUAAAUGGUUUCUCUGUCCAGAUCUGUCUACACUUGUAAGAUGUCCAGACACAAUAAGAUCACAAUCAGAUCACAAUGUGUCUUUUGAUUGUUAACACCUGUCUAAAAAUGUGGGCACAAUCAGAAUGUGGACAAGAUCAGGACAAAGGACGCAAGUUAGAACAAGGUAUAAAUGGGGCUUACUUCACCUCGUCUCCCCAACUUUGACCUUCAGUGUAGCUAUUUCCUUUGUUGAUAUAUCCUUAUGAACUAAUUUGGAAUAAAAUACGAAACGUAAUGAAAACAAACUGUAAUAAUGACUGAUCGUGGAUUGGUACAAAUGAUUAUUUCAAGGUAUCCUCUGUCCAUAAACAUGGAGUUAAACUACAGUAUGUAAAGAAAUACUUGCCAGUAAUGCGAACGGUGUCUAAAACUUUCAUUUUCCUAUAUGCUGAGUAUAUUACACAGAUGCUAACUUGUGUGUUGGUUUCAUUAACAGUCAUUCAACGUGCAAAUAAAAUGUUAUACUCCA